AUGUUGAGCCUGCAUGGAUUUCAGCCUUCCCUCCUCACUCCAUUCAUGAGGAUUCACUGGCCAGUGUGCAGUCUGUGGCCGGAGAUCAAACCUCUUUACAGACACACUGACCUACUGCAGGAGAUGAGGAGCCGCCUGGAGAAACUUCAGCACAAAAUCUCUGAGGAGAUCCAGCAAAUGUCAAACUCUGAGGAGAUCCAGCCGCUCACCUGUACAGUGCAGGAGAAAGAGGGAAGUGGCUUUAAGUUGACACUGGACACUAAAGACUUUUCCCCAGAAGAACUGUCAGUCAAACAGGUGGGCAGGAAGCUGCAGGUGAGCGGAAAGACAGAGAAGAAGCAGGAGGAUGGGAAAGACUCGUACUCAUACAGAAUCCAAGAGUUCAGACGUGUGUUUGAUCUGCCUGAAGGAGUGAAUCCUGAGACCUUCAUGACUGAUGGAAAGCUCUACAUACAGGCAUCAGUCAAUCAGAUAUCUGAAACACCUGAGAGGAUGCUGCACAUUCACUGCCCUCAAACUGUGAAGACAACACAGACAGAGACUGAAAAGAUUCAAAACAACACCACUGAAGCACAUAAGACUGAUCAGCAAUUUUAAAAACUCUCAACAGAAGAUCAACUCAACAGUUUUGGACUGUGUGAUGCAAUUUACCUCAAUCUGUGAUAAACUUUUGUUUUAUAUUACUUACUAUAAAAAUACUUUUUUUACUUUUUAAAAACUAGGCAAACAUAAAACAAGAAAGAAUAUUUGUGUAAAAAAAAUUUUUUACUAAACUGGAUAAAAUAAAAAUGCCUAAUGUCAAUUUUCUCCUUCUCCUUGUCUGUGUUUAUUAUAUUGGUAAACCUUUUACAUCGUUGUGUGUAACAGACGUUGUUUUUUUAAAAACGUAGUAGCUCCUAUACGAUACAAAAGUUUAUAAAAACAAGAUGAAAAGUUGCUUAGUUGAUUUUGACAUUGCAUUCAAAAUCCACUUGGCUCAAAAUCCGAGGGAGCAUGUGUAGAUGACCAAUAUUUUAAGAUUGCUUUCUCCUCUCUAGGCUGUUGCAACGUCCUGCAGUGUUGCCAACUAUUUUCAAUGGAAAGUAGCUAAAGUUUGUUUGAAAAGUCAAUAAAAUGUCGCUAGAUUACAUCAUUGUGUCAUUAGCAUAACAGUGAUUUCACUACGUCGUAUAAA